AUUUUGGAGCAUUGGAGAUCUUAUGAGCGCCACGUAUUGGAUUUGGAGUAUGCGGUUAUUGGUGGCGACCCUAUUUCUCAUAAAUUGCAGGGAAUAUACAAGCUGCAAUUGAGGGGUGUCCACGGUGGUAUUACUCAUGUGAUCUUCCCGGUGCUUCAGUUUCCGUUUCGACCGAAUACUCUACCGGUGAUGUGCAUAAGUCAUGCGAUCCCGGGAGGGUCACCAGGCAGACUUCUGAUAUUCAACUGUCGCAGAUUCUAAUGGCAAUGGUAAUCAGCAUGAGCGCAUCGGGCAUGGGGGGUAUGGUGUCUUCUUCCUGCUACAAUCAAGAACAUUUCCAAGGAAGGUGGGGUGUCGUCGCUGUUGUUGCCGGCUUCAUGCAAGGCUCUGUCGACAGCUUCAACGACUACUUCAGCAUCUCCUUCAACUCGGUCGACAUCGCCUACGACUACUACCCCCACGUCGUUCAAGUCAACGCCAACUUCGGCUACCACCGCGACUUUGAGCUGGUCACGGACCAUGGAGUGCAAUGGGAUCUGGACGGUUCUUGGGAGCCCCCGGUCCUGCACGUGUACAUGGGCCAGGCCCGGCUGUGCACCACCCUGAGCGCUGCCCACUACAAGUAUCUGGGGCAGUUUGUCUCAAAAAAAAAAAGUAUCUGGGGCAGAGACAGCAAACAGAUCAUCCAGUGGAUCACGGCGGACCGGCGGCUUCCCCUUUUACCUUUCUUCCUCCUUGGCUCCUCUCGAGAGUGCUUCCUCCGUUCGUGUAUCGAUGAACUGUAACCUGCUACUGCAACAGAGAGCGUAGAUCGAACCCUGUGUCCAUCUAUUCCCUUACACUUCAGUAGCCAACCAUUACACAAUUGCAGUCACACCAUGCUGAGCAGAAGCUGAUCACCCUCGAGUCCCUAGCCAGGUACAGUCCAGGAUGGUAAUUAGGACCUCCAAGGUAAAUAACUGCCACAAGGCUGCAAAACUCUUCAUUCUGUUUCUUUCUCCUUGUUUCCCUGCACCGACAACUAGACAUGUACGUACGCACUGAUGGCAGAAGCUUGUCAGCAAAAUCAACACCAUUCAGCUUUGGUUACUCCAUCAAAACAGUAUCAUAACGUCCAUAGGAGUUUGUCUCUUAUUAUAUAUAAUUGGUUUCCCUCUCUGCAUAGCAUAGCUUCCCUCCUAGCACUCACCUCUUGCAUUGCAUGCCCCAACACCAAACUGUGAGCUAGGCUUCAGAGCUCGGAUCGGCCAUGGCGAUCGGAGCUGUGCUGUCGCAACAAUGGAGCUUGCUUUUCUCGGUUGCGGCACUCGUGGCUCUAUGGUGGGCCUGGCGGGUGCUGGAGCUGGCCUGGAUCACCCCGCGGAGGCUGGACCGAGCGCUGCGGGCCCAGGGCCUCGGCGGCAGGGCGUACCGCUUCCCGUUCGGCGAUCUGCGGGAGUUUUCCCGGCUGGUCGCCGUGGCCCGGUCGGUGCCCAUGCUGCCGCCGUCACACAAUAUCACAGCGCGGGUGGCCCCCCUGUACCACAGCGUGAUCAAGGAGCACGGGAAGAUCUCCGUGACCUGGUUCGGCCCGACCCCGAGGGUGAUCGUGAACGAUCCAAAACUGGUGCGGGAGAUACUGGCCAACAAGUCCGGGCACUUCCGGAAGCGCAAGUUCAGCAACGGCAUCGUCAGGCGGCUGGCCAACGGGCUGGUGAGCCACGACGGCGAGAAAUGGGCCGCUCACCGGAAGAUCAUCAACCCCGCAUUUCAUCUCGAGAAACUCAAGAAAAUGAUGCCCGCUUUCGUCGCCUGCUGCAAUGAGCUGGUGACUAGGUGGGAGGAUCGCGUGGGGUCCGACGAGGCCAAGGAGAUAGACGUGUGGCCGGAGUUCCAGAACCUCACCGGCGACGUGAUCUCCCGUGCGGCGUUCGGCAGCAGCUUCAGCGAAGGGAGGAGGAUUUUCCAGAUACAGUCGGAGCAGGCCCAGAAUGUGGUGAAGAUGCUGAACACCCUAUACCUCCCAGGUUUCAAGUUCUUGCCGAUGCAACUCAACCGACGGGUGAAGGCGAACGGGCGCGAGGUCGAGUGGCUGCUGAAAGGCAUAAUCGGCAGGAGGGAGAGGGCCAUGAGAGAAGGCAACGCCAGCAACGAUGACCUGCUGGGCGUGCUGAUGGAGUGCAACGCCGCGGAGACCAAGGAAGCCGGGAGCUCCAAGCCCAUCAUGACCAUGGACGACAUCAUCGGGGAGCUGAAGCUCUUCUACUUCGCCGGAAUGGACACCACCGCCGUGCUGCUCACCUGGACGCUGGUGGCGCUGAGCAUGCACCCCGAGUGGCAGGACCGCGCGAGGGAGGAGGUCCUGCGCGUCUUCGGGAAGGAGGACCAGCCGGACCUGGACGGCGUAAACCAGCUCAAGGUGGUGGCCAUGGUGCUGCACGAGGUGCUCAGGCUGUACCCGCCGGUCAUCCAGUUCGACCGGCAGACGUACACGGAGGUGGAGCUGGGCGGCGUCAGGUACCCGCCGGGCGUGAUCCUCUCGCUGCCCAUCGUGUUCCUCCACCAUGACCCGGACGUCUGGGGAGAGGACGCCGACGAGUUCAGGCCGGAGAGGUUCGCCGAGGGCGUCUCCAAGGCGUCCGGGAACUCGUCGUCGUCGGCGUUCUUCCCGUUCGGCUGGGGCCCGCGGAUCUGCGUCGGCCAGAACUUCGCGCUCAUCGAAGCCAAGAUGGCGCUGAGCAGGAUACUGCAGCGCUUCGAGUUCGGGCUGUCGCCAUGCUACAGGCACGCCCCGUUCCCGGUCUCCACCCUGCAGCCUGAUCAUGGCGCGCCCAUCCUGCUCAAGAAACUCUAAGUCUCAACAUGCUGUCUUAAAAUAAUCUCCUCAGCGUACUGUAAACCAAGAGAGAGGUACUUCUUCCGUCCUAUAAUAUAAGAGCGUUUUUGACACUAGUAUAGUGUAAAAAACGUUCUUAUAUUAUGAGACGGAGGGAGUAUUUGUUUGUUUUCUGGGUUUUGUUUAAUUGUUAUCAGAGGUGAAGCUCAAAUAGAUUGGUUUCAUCCAUCGUCUCAUAAUAUAAGAGCAUUGUUUUAUACUAGUGGAGGGAGUAGUAGUUCAUAUCAGGAUAUCAAGAUCCUUAAUAUCCAAACCAGUGCUGCACUAUUGGGGAUUGCCCUGCAAUUCAAGCUAGCAUCCUCCAGUCAAAAAGAUAACAAUGGACAAUUUAGCAUGAAUCAAGUCAAGCUAAAUAUUCAUCAAUCGACCCAAAGGAACA